AUGGAUAUCUCAAUUUUCUUCCUUCUUUUAUGUCUGCUACAAACUCUUCCUCUAUCUUCAUCUAAUACAUUAGACACUCUUAAAGGCACAUCUCUAUCAGUUGAGAAACCAAGUGACAAAUUGGUUUCAGAAAAUGGUGAAUUCUCUGCGGGGUUUUUCCCUGUUGGAGAUAAUGCAUUUUGCUUUGCCAUAUGGCUAAACAAGUCCUCAACUCCCACAGUUGUUUGGAUGGCAAACCGAGAUGAACCUGUUAAUGGAAGAGGUUCAGUGCUUUCUAUUUUGGCAGACGGCCAGCUUAUACUAACCAAUUCACUUGGUAUCACCAUUUGGACAACUAAAGCAGCAGACUUGACCUCAUUAGAGCCAGAGGUCACCAAUUUGCAACUACAGCUCCAAAACACAGGCAAUCUCGUUCUUCAUAAUUCCAAAGAUGUCAUCUGGCAAAGCUUUGAUUCACCAUCAGAUACGCUUCUACCUCAACAAGCACUCACCAUGAUGUCGAGCCUUAUCUCAAGAAAAGGCCAAGAUGACUAUUCUUCUGGCAACUAUAAGCUCUUUUUUGACAAUGAUAAUGUGCUCCACCUGCUUUUCCAAGGUCCAACAAUGUCCAGUCUCUACUGGCCGGAUCCAUGGCUUGAAAACCCUGGACAAGCUGGAAGGUCUAUGUACAAUACUAGUAGACGUGCACUACUACACGACUCGGGUUAUUUUGAGUCAUCUGAUCAUUUUCAAUUCAAUGCAACAGAUUUUGGUGUGGUAACUCACAGACGAUUAACACUUGACCCUGAUGGCAACCUUCGAUUAUACAGCCUACAAAAGAUGAAUGGGAGUUGGGAUGUAACAUGGCAAGCCUUCUCUGACCCAUGCAGGAUUCAUGGCAUAUGUGGACCUAACAGUCUUUGCAGUUAUGAUCAUGUUUCUGGCAGGAGAUGCUCUUGCUUGCAGGGCUUCAAGACUUUAGAUCAGACUGAUUGGUCUUAUGGGUGCGAACCAGAAUUCAGCAUCCUUUGCAACCAUACAGAUGAGUCUAGCUUUGUCCAACUUGCUCAUGCUGAAUUCUAUGGCUCAGAUAUCUUCUUCUAUCAGAAUGUUACCUUUCAAUUUUGUCAAGAACAGUGCCUGAAUAGGUGUGAUUGCAAUGGCUUCCAAUAUAAAUUCGAUGAGGGUAGUGGUUACUAUAAUUGUUACCCCAAGUAUCUACUAAUGAACGGACACCAAUCACCAAAUUUUGUUGGAGAUUUUUAUUUAAGACUACCAAAAGCAGGUAUUUUUCAUAGCAAGACUCCUGGUGAAGAAUUCAAGUUACAAUGUUCUGCCAAACUAUCCAAGCAAAUCAUAAGAACGUAUGAAAAUAAGACGGUAAGGCUUUUGCUUUGGUUUGCCACAGCAGUGGGAGGCUUGGAGGCGACUUGUGUUUUUCUGGUCUGGUUAUUCUUGUUAAGAACUAGUAAACAUCCUAACCCAGAUCCUACUUCACAAGGAUAUCUCCUCACAACUAAAUUUAAGCGAUUCACCUUUGAUGAGCUUAGAAAGGCAACGCGGGGAUUCAAAGAAGUGAUUGGGCGAGGAGCAGGAGGGACAGUAUAUAAAGGUGUACUGCCUGAUCAGCGGGUUGCAGCAAUCAAGCGACUUGAUGAAGCUAAACAAGGAGAAGCAGAAUUUCUAGCUGAAGUAAGCACCAUUGGGAUGUUGAACCACAUGUACUUGAUAGAGAUGUGGGGAUAUUGUGCAGAGGGAAAGCAUAAGCUUCUGGUGUACGAGUACAUGGAACAUGGAUCUUUGGCUGAAAAUAUUACCUCUAAUACACUUGAUUGGAAGAAGAGGUUUGAAAUAGCAGUGGGCACUGCAAAAGGCCUAGCUUAUUUGCAUGAAGAGUGCUUAGAGUGGGUUUUACAUUGUGAUGUAAAGCCUCAGAAUAUAUUGCUAGAUUCGAAUUUUCAACCAAAAGUCGCAGAUUUUGGCUUGUCUAAACUAGUAAGUAGAAGUAUGAGUGAUCAUUCAAGCUUCUCAAGGAUGAGGGGAACUAGAGGUUACAUGGCUCCUGAGUGGGUUUAUAAUCUUCCCAUUACUUCUAAAGUAGAUGUUUAUAGCUAUGGAAUUGUGUUGUUGGAAAUGGUGACUGGAAAGAGCCCAGGUGGCAUGCAUACCUCUAACAGUGGAGAGACAAGAGAGCAUAAGAGGUUGGUCACUUUGGUAAAAGAGUAUAUAAACAUUGGAGCUGCAACAAGGAAGUCAUGGAUCGAAGAAAUUAUAGAUCCCAUGAUGUCUGGCAAAUAUGACAAGGUUAAGAUGGAACUUUUGGUCAAAGUGGCCUUGCAAUGUGUGGCAGAGGACAGGGAUGAGAGACCUAGCAUGAACCAGGUAGUAGAGAUGCUUAUAGGCCAUGAGGAUUAAUAUUUGUUGAAAUAAUUUAGAAGUUUUGUUUAAUUUGAGUUGUAAAAAGAUUUCAUUAUGCAUUCCUAUUU